CUUCUGUCAUAUCUCAAGAGUAUCAGAAGGCUUGGAAGCCACAGAGGAAGAUGAAUGUAUUAUGUCUGUGAGCUAUACAAUAUGUACAAAGUACAUUUUUCUUACUAGUAACAGGUUAGGACUUUUUGCUACCAUUCCUGCUUUGAUGGUGAUGCAGUUCUAAAAGAAAUCUUAACAAAAAUCCAGCAAAAAUGGGUGAGGUAAAUAAAGAUGCCGUUGAAAAAUACUUGGAGAACAAUCCCCAAUUUGCCAAGGAGUAUUUCGACCGAAAAAUGAGACCUGAAGUGGUGGGAAGUAUCUUUAACGUGAACCCUGGAGAUGUGAAGGAAGGAGUCAGCUUCAAAGAAAUGUCCCGUCUGGAGGAGAGUAACAUAAUUUUUGAGUUGGUAUCAGAACUUCAGGAUGAGGCAUGUGUUAUGGAAAAGUUGGUGCACAAGGCCCUGCAGAGGCUGGCACAGCUGCUGGCCGCUGAUCGGUGUAGUCUGUUCAUUUGUCGCUCCCGAAAUGGUAUUCCAGAGGUAGCCUCCAGGAUUCUUGAUAUCACUCCAACUUCCAACUAUGAGCAGAAUUUGGUGAAACCAGAAAAUGAGACUGUUUUUCCUCUGGACAUUGGGAUAGUGGGAUGGGUUGCUCAUACCAAGAAGCUUUUUAAUAUACCUGAUGUGACAAAGAACAACCAUUUUUCUGACUUCAUGGACAAAAAAACUGGUUAUAAAACAGUCAAUAUGUUGGCAACGGCAAUUACACAGGGUAAAGAGGUGCUUGCUGUUGUGAUGGCACUCAACAAAUUAAAUGCCCCUGAGUUCUCAAAAGAGGAUGAAGAGGUAUUUAAAAAAUACCUCAACUUUAUAUCUUUGAUGAUGAGAAAUAAUCAUACGUCGUAUCUCUACAAUAUCGAAUCACGAAAAAGCCAGAUGCUUUUGUGGUCUGCCAACAAAGUAUUUGAAGAGCUAACAGAUAUAGAACGACAGUUUCAUAAAGCACUGUAUACUAUUCGAAUGUAUUUGAAUUGUGAAAGAUACUCUGUUGGUCUGCUGGACAUGACUAAAGAGAAGGAGUUCUAUGACGAGUGGCCAAUCCGGCUGGGGGAGGCAGAGCCUUACAAAGGCCCCAAGACACCUGAUGGACGAGAAGUCAACUUUUAUAAGAUUAUUGACUAUCUGUUACAUGGACAAGAAGAAAUCAAAGUCAUUCCGUCACCUCCAGCAGAUCACUGGUGUCUUGUCAGUGGAUUGCCAACGUAUGUGGCUGAAAAUGGUCUUAUUUGUAACAUGAUGAAUGCACCAGCAGAUGAAUACUUCACAUUUCAGAAAGGACCAGUGGAUGAAUCAGGAUGGGUUGUCAAAAACGUCUUGUCUUUGCCUAUUGUCAACAAAAAAGAAGAAAUUGUGGGAGUUGCAACGUUUUACAACAGGAAAGAUGGAAAACCUUUUGACGAGUAUGAUGAACAGAUCACUGAGACUCUCACACAGUUCCUGGGGUGGUCUGUUUUAAAUACUGACACUUAUGACAAAAUGAACAAACUUGAAAACAGGAAAGACAUUGCUCAGGAAAUGCUUAUGUACCAGACAAAGGCCACCCCUGCUGAAGUUGAAUCUAUCCUGAAAUACAAGGAGAAAUUGAAUGCAAAAAGUUUAGAUGAAUGCGAUCAAAAGGAUCUCAUCAGGAUUUUGAAAGAAGAAUUACCUGAUCCAAAAGAUUUAGAACUGUAUGAAUUCCGCUUCAGUGACUUCCCUGUUACAGAGCAUGGCCUGAUAACUUGUGGAAUACGACUGUUCUUUGAGAUAAAUGUUGUUGAAAAAUUCAAAGUCCCAGCUGAGGUCCUUACAAGAUGGAUGUACACAGUCAGGAAAGGUUAUCGGGAUAUCACUUACCAUAACUGGAGACAUGGAUUCAAUGUGGGACAAACAAUGUUUACUCUGCUGAUGACAGGAAAAAUAAAGAAAUACUAUACUGAUUUAGAAGCCUUUGCCAUGGUUGCUGCUGCUUUCUGCCACGACAUUGAUCACAGAGGGACCAAUAACCUGUAUCAAAUGAAGUCAGCUGCUCCCCUGGCAAAACUUCAUGGCUCUUCCAUUUUGGAAAGGCAUCACCUAGAGUACAGUAAAACCCUGCUGCAAGAUGAGAGUUUAAACAUCUUCCAGAACCUAAAUAAGCGCCAGUAUGAAACCGUUCUGCACUUAUUUGAAGUUGCAAUAAUAGCAACUGACUUGGCUUUGUAUUUCAAGAAAAGAACUAUGUUUCAAAAGAUUGUGGAUGCAAUUGAAAAAAUGGAAACAGAAGAGCAGGCAAUUAAGUAUAUAUCUAUUGACCCAACGAAAAAAGAAGUCAUCAUGGCUAUGAUGAUGACUGGAUGUGACCUGUCUGCAAUAACCAAGCCCUGGGAAGUGCAGAGUAAGGUUGCCCUCAUGGUCGCAAAUGAAUUCUGGGAGCAAGGCGACCUGGAACGAACUGUGCUACAGCAACAGCCUAUUCCUAUGAUGGACAGAAACAAAGGAGAUGAACUACCUAAGCUCCAAGUUGGUUUCAUAGACUUUGUGUGUACAUUCGUGUACAAGGAAUUCUCAAGGUUUCACAAGGAAAUUACACCUAUGUUUGAUGGUCUUCAAAACAACAGGGUUGAAUGGAAAACACGAGCUGAUGAAUAUGAAGAGAAGAUGAAAGCUAUUGAGGAACAAAAGAAAAAGGAAGAAGAAGCAGCUGCCCAAAAAGAAAGUGCUGCUGGAGGUGGUGGAGGUGGUGGUGAAGAAGGAAAAUCCAAAACCUGUGUAGUUUUGUAA